AAGCAAUCCAGCACGAAAACAAGCACCGUGUGCCGCUGGCUUUAGUUUGGUUGAGAGUUGGAUGAGAGGUCACCUUCCCCUUAACGCAGCUGGAGAAUGGCGUAUGGGUACACCUUUCUACCUAAAGCCAUAUACCGAACUGAACUGAACUGGAUGAGAGGUCAAGAUAACAAACAAGGAAAUUGUGUAUUAUAUAAUAUUUGCUUUUAAGGGAAAACAGAAACACAUUAAAACAGAAAGUUCCGUAUAGAUAACGGUGAACACGUAUAUCUGAGAAACGUUAGUGGCCUUUUUGAAUAAAAUGUCAAUAAUUGAAUUAUUAACCUCAUGUGACCGAAAUUCGAAAGAAUUUGAAUCGUUAGUAUAUGAUUUAUUAGUCAAUAAUAGCGGUGUGCCAUUUGACAAUCGAGAGGUUGAUGCUGUACAAAAUACUAUUGUAACAAGUAUUAAUUCUCGUAUAAAUGUGGCAAAUACUCGAUACAGUGCUUUAGUUAUGCUAGAUAAAAUUUUAUCUGGCUGCUCAAAGGAUAUAUUUUCAAAAUAUGCUUUAUUAUGGAUAACUAAAACCACUGAACUAUUACAAAAUACAUUCAGUACCAUACAAGAAAUAACAUUAGCUUGCAAAGUACUAGGAUUUUUAUUUGAACAUUGCAAAGAAAUUCCUGAGUUACAUAAACAGAUUUCUAUGCAAAAUAUAAGGCAGCUAAUACCUGUAUUAGAUAAUUUAUUAAGAAAUGAAGAGUGUGGCCCAAUAUACUAUUUAAUAGCUGUUAUGUUAUAUCAUUAUCCUGAAAUUUGUGAACGAUCACAGGAAUCAAUAAAAAAGAUAAUAUUGUUACAAAUUGAUUCUACACAAAAGAACUCGAUCAGUGCAAGCGCCAAAUGUUUCGUACUUUUGUCUAAGGCAACAGAACGUUCAUUUCAACCACCAUCGACCAAAUCCAUGUAUACUAGAUGGACAUAUAAUCAAACAUUACUUUGUAAUAACUUGCAUGCUAUAAUGGAUGAAUUGUUCUCCACAUUAAUGGAGUUAAAAACUGUGGAUAUUUGGGAUAAAUUUAAUUUACCUUCUAUAUCUGAAGAGAAUGUAAUACAGUAUUAUAAUGAACAGAAACAGAGAUUUUUAAAUUUAUGUAUCUAUCUCUCCUCAAUGUUAUGUGGAUAUGAUGCAAACAAUUCUGUUGUACCUCAUGAUAUCUUGGAAGUUUUGUGUCGAGGAUUGGCUAUUACACCAUUAAACUUGAGGAAUAAAUCUUCUAUUAAAGAACAGAUGUUAUAUAUGAUCUUACCAAAAUUACACAUUGGUUUAUUUACAGUUUUAGAUGCAUUAAUAAGUGGAUUUGCACAAGAGUUGAUACCAUUCGGGAAGACAAUAUUAAACUUGUUUCAACAAGUGUUGCAAUGGACAAGUCAAGUUUUAGAAAAUCAUAUAACAUUUAAUAAUACUAGAUCUUUCAAAAAUAUAAGAAUAUCUACUUACAAAUGUCUCUCCACAUGGUUGAUAAAUACCAAUUCACUCUCAGGUAUAGAGACAGUUGCAAAUGAAUAUAUUGCCUUCAUAAUGAAGGAUAUAGUACCAGAACAAGAUUGUAUACUAUUAGCUGUCCAAAAACCACAGCAUUUGUCUAAACGAAUGAUGAAACGUUUUAAAGAUAGUCAGUAUGAAAAUAGUCCAAUUUUAAAUAAUAGAAGAAUUGCUGCUGAAAGCAGUGGACCUCUAGAUGCAGAUUUAUGCAAAGAAGCUCUCAUUACUUUGCAAAAUAUACUUCACAAUAGUGGCGUUUUGCUAAAGCCUCUAUUUUAUAAAAAUGUGCAGAAUACAGUGAUACCUUUAUUAUAUAAUUUCUAUUUGAGACAUUCCAUGUCAAGUUUUUAUAAGGAUCAUGAUGAAUGCCGCUUGGAGUUAUUUAAAGUUUUAAGGGCUUUACAAUUGAAUCCAGAUACCACAUUAAUAACUCCUAUACAAUUUUAUUUGGAAAUAUCACAUAGUGCGACUCAUGAUGUUGAUUUGAGUAUUGCACAGGAAGCAAGGUUUACUAUAGCUGAAUUAGAAAAAGUCAUACAUCCUAUAGCACCUACAUUACAAUUACCACGACAAAAUGAAUCCGAUAACGAAUCUCUUCCUGAAAAUCAGGAAGAAGUUGCUAUUGCCACUACUGCUACCACUAUAAAUUUAGAUGAAAGAAACAGGAUUGAACAUGAACUUUCUCAAGAAGCAGAUGCCAUAUUACCUCCAUGUAAACGACAAAAAAUAAUCAUGCCACAAAGUUCAGAAACUAUACAGAAUAAGACCACUUCAGAAUCUAUCAAUAUGAAUGAUGACGAGACGAAUUUUAACAAACUUCAGAUAGAUAAAGAAUCACAUGAAAAUAUCGAAAAUUUAUUACAAGAUGGAGAUAAAGUACACUGUAACAAGAAGCCAAGUCUAUGGAACAGAAAUGAACUUACAAAUGGCAAUACUGAAACCGAAGUAAAGUGCAAAUUACUUAAAGCAGAGCACUGUGAGCGAUCUAAAGAUUCGUCAUCUGAGGAGCAGCAUCUAAAUGAAGCAAACAAAUUGUUAGAAAUUAAUUUUUCUUUGAAUGACAAAGAAAUAAAAGAGAAGAUAGCAGAGAAAGUUUGGCAGAAAGAAGAAGAAUCAGAUACCGAUGAUCCAGAUAUGCUUAAUCUGUUCCAUGAUGUUCCUAUUCAAUAAAUUUGUUAUUAAAAAAUAGAAAUAUUUUUAUAUAC